CUUCGAGUGCCUUUGUGUGUCUCAGGGUAUUGUGGAGAGAGCACGCCCUGCGGUGUGCCGCGCCGCCCUGUCAUCAUGAGCGCUGUGCCCCUUCUGCUGCAGUGCCCUCAGACCCCCUCGUCUCCGUCGCCCCUGCACCGGCCGGCGCCGCGCACGCCCAACUCCCUGCGCCAUUCCCGCACCCUCAGGCUCAACAACCGCAACUCCUUCCCGCCCGACCAGAACCAGGAGUCCCGCUGGGUGUCGCUGCUGGCCCGGGCCGCGCCCACGAAGCCCUACGGCACAUGUAGCCCCGCGCCCCUGCACGCCCACAUCUCCCACACCCGCCAGGUGUCCCCCGUCACCCCGCCCACCAUCACGCCGCCCGCGCUCACCCCGACGACCAUCGCCCCGGCUGCCGUGAUCAUCCCCUCGCCCGUGAGCGCGCGCCCGCCGCCCGCGAUCCACCCGGCCCCGCCCGUCGUCGCCGUCAAACCGCCAUGCACCACGCCCGUGGUCCCCGCUGAGACGCACCAGGCGCGCCCUCCCCCCGCCCACGUCCAGCCCGCCGCGCACAAGCCCCUAGCGCCCACGGCCUCCUUCAGCCGCGGCCUCACGUCGCCCACCGCCAUCAAGCUCUUCAACCCGAGUCGCCGUCUCAACAAGUCGCAGUCGCAGCUCAUCAUGCCGCGAAUGAAGUCGCUGCUGCGCGCCGGCCAGGGCCAGCGCUCCCUCAAGGAGAGGAAGGACACGCCGCCAGCGUCCACGCGGAGCCCCAUGCCCCGCGAGGCCUCCGUCAGGAGCCUCACCAACUACGAGGAAGCCAACUCGCCGGAGCCGCUGAUCAGGAAGUGCCACACCGUGCUGGCGCUGUCCUCGGCCACAGGCGGUGCCGCGCACACCCGCCUCGUCAAGGACAAGAAGAGCAAACUCAGCUUCUUCAGACGAAUGUCACCCUCCAAGUCCGCCGUCUUUUCCUCCAACAAGAUGACCAUCGCCAAGUCGCCCUCGGCCGUGUCGGACCUCCGGCGCCUGCGCAAGGACUCGAGCAUGCUGUUCCCUCAGCUGGAGACGGAGGGCGAGGUCGGCGGCUGCUCGAGGUGCGCCUCCGCGGCCUCCAUAGCGUCCAGAGGCUACGCGGGUCUCGCCCAAGACUCCGUCUUCUGCAAGCUCUGCCUCUCCGACGUGUCCAUACAGGCGAUGUACCAGCUGCAGUUGUGCCAAUGCCGCUUUUGUAAAUAUUGCAUGGCUGUGUAUGUGGCGUUGAAGAUCCGAGAAGGAGAUUACACGAUCGAGUGUCCAGACGCCAACUGUGACUGCAGCGGAGAGCUCACCCUUGAGGAAGUCGAGAGUUUAGUGGGGAGCGAACUGUUCCAGCUCCACCUCAAGUUCAGAAAGAACACAGAAGUGGACAAGGACCCAGUGAAGGCUUGGUGUCCCAUGCCCGGCUGCGAAACCGUAGUCAGUCUACCGAUCUCCAAGUUCGAGGGUCCUCAGUGCACGACCUGCCCUACCUGCACAGCCGUCUUCUGCGCCUCCUGCAGCGAGCCGUGGCACCCUAGCCAGCCUUGCCACACGGACAACGCUGAAUCACUGGCGGUUCCUAACGACGAGACGAUAAAAAGGUGCCCGUCUUGCAAGGUACCCAUAGAGCGCGACGCCGGCUGUGCGCAGAUGCUGUGCAAGAAAUGUAAACACGUGUUCUGCUGGUACUGCCUCACUUCCUUGGAUGACGACUUCUUGCUGCGUCACUACGACAAGGGUCCGUGCAAGAACAAGCUAGGCCACAGUCGAGCCUCGGUCCUGUGGCAUCGAGCUCAGGUCAUAGGCAUCUUCGCAGGCUUCGGUCUCCUCCUGGUCGUGGCGUCGCCCCUGCUCUUGUUCGUGGGUCCGUGUCUGCUGUGCUGCAAGUGCAAACCCUGCUCCAAGCAUGAGUCGGAGGAGGAUAGCUUAUACGGCAUCUGAGAGCCAGGCCGAACCUUCAGCGUUGUCACUUAAAGCCAAAGAUUGUGUUUUGGAGGAACUUUUCCGUUAUAAUAUAUAUAUAUAUAUAUAUAUAUAUAUAUAUAUAUAUAUAUAUAUAUAUAUAUAUAUAUAUAUAUAUAUAUAUUAUCUAAAGAUACAGUUCACAAAUUGUGUUAUUAGUUUUUCACGGAGAUGUUUCUGAUGUUCCCAUUAACUGUCUUUCACAAGAUAGUGGCAGUGUAAGUGAGAGCUUGCUGGUGUUUCACGCCUACAAUUUUCAACGUCAACGCAAGCUGACUUACAGUGAUGAUAUAGAAUUGUGAAUAAUGAAAAUGAAAACAAAUAGUGUUACAUUUUUUCACAACAAGGAAAAAGUUGAACGUUAUAGAAAAGAAAAAAAAGUCGUUUUGAAAAAUUAAGAAAAAUGAAAAGGAUUUUCACGCCAGGCAUAAAAAAAUAGUUUUUUUCGUUUUUUUUAAACACUUCACGAAAAAAGAAAACUGAAUGUGUCCGGACUAAACUGUACUUAAAAGAAAACGAAAAAAAUAACAGGACAAGUGGUACUUAAAGAAAGAGACGGAGAAGAAACAUCUCUAAAAAGAAGAAGAAAAAAAAAGAUACAGUUGAUGAUACAUAAUCCAAACUCCAUAACACGUUCAGACCCCUCCCCCCCCUGACCCCCCAAUCGAAGAAUCUUUGUGGAUUCUUCUGUAGAUCAAAAAAAAAAAAAAGCUUUUUUACAUUCUCGCAAGAGGAACGAAUAAAGCUUGGGAGUAUAUAUAUAUAUAAAUAAAAAACAAAACACACAUUUGAUUUUAUAUUUCAUAAUCACAUGCUCGUCUGAUCUCUACGAAGAAAAAAAUGAGAUAUAGAAAAUGAUCAUGAAAUUUGUGCACAAAUUGAGAACACUCCAUAAUGCUUCAUAGCUUAUUAAUGUGAGCUUGACUGUGUCUAACCGCACUGUGCAAUUUAUUUAUCGUAUUUAUACACUUUACUUCGUCCCACUACGUCUUAUCUCCUGUGCAGAGAUGAGGCGAAAAAUUCCCCUCUCCCCCCCCUCCCUUCCCCCCCACCCCCUUCUUCUUCUGGUACUUCUAUAUGGACGCACAAUAUAGUGAACACUACUGUGAUGCUUUGUAUAACUGAGAAGAUAAGGUUGCACACCGCUGCAACAUCCUCCCCUAUUGGGUGUUUAUGGCCAGAAAUUGUCCCAGGAAAAAUUCAUGUAAUAUAUGUAUGUAUGUAAUUCCCUGUGCGGUCACAUUUGUUUUGUUACAAAAGAAAUUAUAUAAAAAAAAAAGAUUUAUCCACCACAAAAAAAGUUUAUAUUCUGAAAUAAAUUUUUAUGUUAAAAAGUUA